AUGGCUUAUCCGUGGGGUAUGCCUGGCGCCGGUGGAUACCCAGGCAUGCCGUAUGCCGCUUAUGGUUACCCCGGGCCCCAUAUAGCUGCUUAUGGUGGCAUGGGUGGCGGCUACCCGGGUACCGCCAGCCCUGCUGGAACGCACCAGUAUGCCACCGCCAUGUCCCCGAUGCCGAUGGGUGGCAUGGGAGGUGCACAGAUGCCGUAUAUGCCAGAGAUUCCUGGCAUGCGUGGCCUGCGUAUGGGUAUGGGCCCCUCUGAUUACCCCACUAUGGGUCCCGUUUAUGGGGGUGGCGGUAACCCUCACGCUGGCGGUACCAGCUACGGCGGUGGCGCGGCCCAGCCUCAGGCAGGUGGUAACUACAGUUUGGCCUUUGUUGGUGGCAUCAUCCACUUCUGCCGUCCUUUUGGGCAGAUGGGCCCCCUGCAGCUGAGUGACGGUCAGCUGGCAGCCAUCUGGGAGGCGAUCAAGCAGCUUCCUGGCGUCAGUGAGCUCAACAAUCCCAAGUGGGAGACGUGCAACGAGAGCUAUGCGCCUGGUAUCAUCUUCGGCGGGCACCUGGAGGCGUCUAAGGUUGCAAGCUGGAAGGUCAGGGUUGACUCUGAGCUGCACAAUAACCUCCCCAUGAUUGUGCCUGGAUGUCGGUGUUUCACUCCUCCUCAUCAUCUUGAGAUGGAAGUUGCUCAUCCGCAGUCUUCGGACGUGGGUUCGAAUCCCACUCUCGUCAUCAGGGGCUUCAUUGCCUCCCAAACCGUCCUUUUUGAGGUUUGGGAAGGUUGGAAGAAGGUGUUGGACGAGUUGGGACAGUGCGGAGGAUUGAAGCAUGUGGCACACUUUUCGUUUGCCAGUCGGUCAUGGGUGGCAAAUGCUACAAUGGGUGCGUUUUGGUGCUACCUGUGUGCCAUCGAAGGAGAAGAACUACCACGCCUCAACCAAGGAUGUCCGAGGGGCGUGGGACUUCGGGAUACCAUUGGUGCCUUCAACGAUCCCCCGGAUGGGAAGCCCAACUACGAAGAUGUCCCCGGCCAGCAAAUCGACCAACCGUUCGAGUUCCAAGUCUCAAGUCCAAACACUUCCGAUAGCGACUUGAAGAGCGCCGAAGACGCCGCUCACUCGAAGAGCUCGAGCACGCAGGGCUCAGCCAAUAGUGUCAAGGCGUCAUUUGUCGGCGCCAUGGUAUACUUUGAACGCCAUAACUGUGACCUCACGGCAAUGGACCUGGGGCACAUUGAGAAUCAGAUAAAGUCUAUGCGCGCGGUACAAGACCUUCUCUACCCCCAGUGGAAGACCUAUAUCGACAAGGCCACUCUGGCGAUCAUGUUUGUCGGCUAUAUCAACAGCCCCAAAAUUACGACACGCCAGCGUUGA